AUGCCUGCCAGAUUGCGCAGCUCGCUACAGAGAAGCAUUGCGGGCCCCCUGGACAGCGCCGGUGUCUUUUACUGCCAAUCCUGUUCAACAUGGCGACGAACCCUCUCAACGCGUGCCAGCAUUGUCAAGAUUGCGCCCGCGCGCCAAAAUGAUCGCCUCUCGAUUACCACCUCUUCUCGUUCUAUCACAACCUCCACCGCCAUAUCCACCAUUCCGCCGCAAUUCAAGGAGCUACAUGAUGCUCUGAGUGGAGUGAAGGAUGCGUCCAUUGAGCAGGUUAGCCUGAGUCGGCUACAGCUUGCCUUGCGGGGAUUGGAAUCGGAAGCACCUUUAAUUCGAGUUGCGGUCCUUGGUCUCGACAAUGCGGAUUCUGCUCGGAAACUCGUUCGAUUACUUCUUGCUGAUCCUCUGGGUCCACGCGAGGAUUGGGAGGAUACCCUAGAGACCUACGACUCUGAUCCUUCUCAAGGACUGUUGAUUCGAUAUGGCGAGAUUUCGGAGUCUCUCCCUAAUGACUUGUUUCCUACAAUUGCUGUCCGAUCAUCAAUCCUGAAGAAGGGCAACCUAGAAAUACUUGUCAGUUCCAUUGACUCGGAGUCAAAUCCUACUCGGACGACCCUCGAUGCCGACACUUUCCUCGUGCCCACUGUUACUAUUGAAACAUCACACCCGGGUCGGAAUGACGUUGUGCGAUAUCCCGUACACCGAAGUAUCGUGUGUGGAAGUGGCGUGGAUGGAUUGCUAGCAUUCAGCUCUCUUAUGGGUCAGUCAGACCUAAAGAAGGAGGUGGAAUCUGUGCGUGGUGCCAUCGAACUCUCCGUGGAGAAUAAGAGGCCCGGUGAUAGCCGGCUGUCAUUUGUGGAUAUUGAGCGCGCCUCAGCAGCUCUGGAUCGCAUUCGGGAGUCUGUGAAAAACGCUAUCGAGUAUGAGCGUGGGUGGACUGGCAGUGGUGUGCAGCCCGUGAUUGAUUGGCUUGCAUCCACCUCCCAGGUCACCAAGGAGGGUACAUUGAAUCCUGCCCUGGUUCCUCUAAUCGAGUCUGUAUUGGAUGCUGCGGAUGAGGGCGGGCUCGCCCGGGAUGCCAAGGCUCUUGAGGGACAGGCAAUCGGAGUCCCUGAUGCGAAUGUCCGGUUCGAGCUUGAGCGCGGGGUCGUUACUUGGGCUGAGCGGGCCCAUUCAGAGCUACGCAGCUCUCUCGAAGCGGGAUUCGCUAGCCCCAGAUGGCGUGGUCUGGCAUGGUGGAAGCUUUUCUGGCGCGUCGACGACGUGAGCAUGAUUACCUCCGAGAUUCUCGAGAAGCGCUUUCUACACCGCGCAGAGCGGGAGGCAGUCUGGUCGUCGGGCCAGUACCAGCAGGCUGGCCUGCUAGACGAAACCAAACCUGCCUCUACUCCUUCCCCUGACUCAACCUCAGACUCGGCGCAAUCUACCCCACCAUGGCCAACUCAGAUCCCUGAUAUGCGCACCAAGCUCCUCACUACUACCGUCCCCUCUCUUCAAGCCCUUGCUCAGAGCCUGGUGCUCUUUAGCAUCUCCACUACGACCCUCACCUCCGCCCUCUCUGCUCUUACUUAUCUCUCUAUUCCAUCCGCCUCUGUGUACGAAUCAUGUACCCUUGGUGCAGUCGGUCUUAUCUACUCUCUGCGUCGCCAGCAGAAGAAAUGGGUUGCCGCCCAAGGAUUCUGGGAAGAUGAAGUCCGCGAAGAGGGACGCGCAUCUCUACGCGAGACAGAGGAUCUCAUGCGGAACAUUGUCCGUAACGGUGGCAAGGAUGUUGAAGAUCUGACAGAUUACCGAGCACGGGAGGCUGUUGACCGAGCGAAGAAGGCUCUGGCUGAGAUUAAGGCUUGA